AUGGCUUCGAGAUCACCGAGCCAUUCGGAGGGUGAAAUCCUCAGCUCAGACUCGGAAGCGAAGGCAAAGAGCAUACCAUCUUCCUACAAUAACAGCAAGGUUGACCGUCAUACCAGACCAUAUCCUGUGUCGCAUAGCGCUACUCCUAGAUCACAUCGAUCACGUUCGAGAUCUCCUUAUCGAGCCCCUAGGGGUGAGAAGCGUCCACGAGAUUACGAUCAUUCAAGAGGCAGAUCUGUCAACGACUCGCGCACUUUUGCCGUGAGAUACGAGGACGAUAGAUACGGUCAUCGACGCUACGGAUCUUACGAAGAACGAGGGCCGAAAAAAUCACGUACAUACUCUCGAAGCCGCAGCAGAAGUCGAUCUCCAUACAGACACUCACGCCACCAAGAUGAUGGCAGGGAGAAAUUCAGAAAUACUGCCGAUCAGACUGGCAAGAACGACCAUGAUAUGACAUCUUCGAGUCGUCAGCCAGAUAAGGAUGUUGUCCCUACAAACACAAAAGCAUUGCCGGCGAAAGACGUGCGAUCGAAUCACUCAUCCAAUGCGCAACCAGGCGCGAAAACUGCAGCACAAGUUCCCAGCAAAGAUACAGCUGACGCUCCCAAUGUCGUGCAAACAGAAAGUAUCACUGACGAGAAUGAGGACCCCCCCAAACCCGUCGACGAGGCCGCUUUGAUUGAAGAACGUCGAAAACGUCGAGAAGCCAUCAAGAACAAAUACCGUGGUCAAGCUCCUCCACUCCUUGUUCAAGCUCUUCAUCUAGGUGCGGAAUCGAAUCCUGCGAGCCCGGCUCCAGAUGGUGUCUCGUCAGCUCCACGUCGGUCCGAAUCGCCCUCUUCCUCCUCGCCUCGAACGCCGAAAGAGUUGUCUGAGCCACAAUCUCCUGCAGAUGCCCAUUAUGAUGCGGCGGCCGACCUGACUAACCCCGCGAGAGGCGGCUCUCCAGCAGAAGACGGCCCCUCAGCGGCCGACUACGAUCCGACCGUAGAUAUGGAGGAGGAACGAUCACGACACGAUAGACGUAUGUUCAAAGAAGAUGACAAGUCCUUGGAGCAGGCAGAUCAUUAUGUGAUUAAACAGGCAAGCGAGUCAGCUGCACCUGUCGCUCCAAAGACGGCCGAAUACGACAUGUUUGCGGACGAAGACGAUGAUGACAUGUUUGCGGAAGUGCCAUUGAAACCAACCACAGAAACCAAGACGGCGCAAGCGCUGGAUGUCAACUUGAUGGACAAUUGGGAUGAUCCCGAAGGCUAUUACAUUACAAUUCUUGGUGAGCUCAUUGAGGAUCGCUACCAUGUUACCCAAAAUCUCGGCAGGGGAAUGUUCUCGUCUGUUGUUCGAGCUUCUGAUAGACGAACUGGCAAACCAGUAGCUAUCAAGAUCGUUCGGAACAAUGAAACUAUGCGGAAGGCCGGUAUCAAGGAAAUUGACAUCCUCAAGGACAUCGCGGCAAAUGACCCUGAAGACAAGAAGCAUGUCAUUCGCCUUCAACGUUCAUUUGAUCACAAAGGUCACUUAUGCAUGGUGUUUGAAAAUCUUUCCAUGAACCUUCGAGAAGUGCUGAAAAAGUUCGGCAGAGAUGUGGGUAUCAAUAUCAAGGCCAUCCGAGCCUAUUCACAACAACUGUUCUUGGGAUUGAGCUUGUUGAAGAGGUGUCAGUACAUACACGCCGAUCUCAAACCAGACAAUAUUCUGGUCAAUGAAGCCCGGAGUACGCUGAAGAUCUGUGAUUUGGGGUCCGCGUCACCCAUCACGGAGAAUGCCACAGCUCCAUACCUUGUUUCCCGCUUCUAUCGGGCACCGGAAGUGAUUCUCGGUAUUCCUUAUGACUAUGGAAUUGAUAUGUGGUCGAUUGGAUGUACGCUCUUCGAACUCUACACCGGAAAGAUUUUAUUCACCGGGCGCAACAAUAAUGGAAUGCUCCGUGCCAUUAUGGAGUGUCGAGGAAAAUUUCCGCACAAGCUGCUGCGGCGGGGGACUCUGACAUAUGAGUAUUUCGAUGACUUGCUCAAUUUCCGAGCCCAGGAAUUUGAUAAGGUUACAGGCCGCACAGUGGUGAAGAUGAUGGAUAUCAAGGCCAAACCAAUUCGGGACUUGAGGUCCAGGCUAAUUCCCAGGGACAAGCGGAUCAGUGAACCGGAGAGACGAGAGCUGGAUUUAUUUGUUGAUCUACUGGACAAGUGCUUAGACUUACGACCGGACAAGAGGAUUACGCCCAGCGAUGCAUUGAAGCAUCCUUUCAUCUCCAGAACCAAAACCUAA